AUGAAUAUAAGUAGAGGGUCCUUAUCAGCAUUGUUAAAUAACAAAAUUCGUCACAUCAAUUUUUUUUUCCUCAUAAUAGUAUUAUCUUUAAUGCAUGGAAACUUAUUUUUUCUUAAUAUUCUUUAUAUCAAAGAUUUAAGAAUUAAAGAAUACUAUUCAUCAUCAAUAUCAAAUAAUACCUAUGAUAUAGAAAAUGUAAUUGAGCGUACAAAAAGAAAUAUACUAACAAAAGACAAUUUAGAGGAAAAGGGACAUCCAGUAUCACAAGAUAUAUAUAAUAAAUCUACAUUUAAUGAUAUUAUAAAAAAUCAACCAUUUAAUGAUACAAUAUCAACAAGAAGAGUUAUAUUAACUAAAAGUACUGAAAAAGAAACAGUUACAAUACCAACAACAACAAAAGAAAUUGAAUGGAUUGAUGGAACAGAAUAUAUUAAAAAUUUAACCAUUAAUAAUAUUGAACAAAAUAAAAAUGAUUUAACAAUAAAUAAUAAAAUGGAUAAUAAUAUAAUACAAUCAGAUACAAUAUUUUCAUAUAAAAUACCAACUAAUUUUUUAAAAUCUUUUCUUGAAACAUUAUUUUUUGCUUCACCUGGUAUUGGUAUGCUUGUAGGAUUAUUUCCAAUGACAAAAUUUGUAUAUAAAUAUGGUAUUCAAAGAACAUUAACAACAUGUGGUAUAAUAAAUGGUUGUUGUAUGGCAUUUAUUCCCAUAAUUAUUGACAUGAAAAUUUAUUAUUUACUUAUCGCAAUACGUUUAAUUCAAGGAUUUUUUACAUCUUCAACAUUUUCUAUAAUCGGUUCACAUAUUGUUAAUUGGGAAUCUGUUGGAGAUCAAACAUCAUCACUUAAUAUUGGAAUCGUUUCUUCUGUCAUUGGUCCAAUAAUAACAUGGCCAUUAGUUAUUUUUUGUGAGAAUCCAUCAUCAAUAGGAUAUACUCAUUAUUUAUUAUCAUCAUUAAUUAUCAUAUUUACAGGAGUAUUUUAUAUUUUUUAUAGAAAUGAUCCAACAAAACAUCCAUGGAUUCGUGGACAAGAAAUUAUUAAAAUUCGGUCAUGUAAAAUAUUAUCACAAAAAAUUGAUAAGGCAAAAAUUUUUUCGCAAAUUAUUAUGUGUCUUGAUACAUGGAUAUUAGUAAUAUCUUCAAUGGCUUAUUUUGUUUUAGUAUCAUUUGGAUUGACAUAUCUUCCAUUUUUCAUUUCUCUUACCUUAAAAUAUUCAUUUAUAAAAACAGUUAUAUACUCUGUAGUACCAUUAAUCUUUCUUUUUUUAUCUCAUGGUUUAAUGAGUGCUAUUAAUUAUUUUAUAAAUAAUAGUAAUAAUUUAAUUCAAUCAAAAAUUUGUAAUUCACUUGCUUAUUUCACUUCAGCAGCAUUCCUUUCAUCAAUCAUAUUCCUUACCCCAGAAAUGGGAAUAAAAUAUUUAUCAUAUCUACUUAUAGUUUUAAGUUUUAUUCCACUUGGAUUUGUAUGUUUUGGUUUUUUACAAUGUACCACAUCUGUUGGUAAGCAUUAUGGACAAUAUAUAGUUGCAAUGUAUCAAAUAUCAUUUUCAAUAUCAUUAUCUUUUAUACCAUUUUUAGUUACUUUUACAACAAAAUAUAAUGAUAUAUUUGAAUGGAAAUUUUUCUUUCUUCAUCUUUCAGUUUUAUUUUUAAUAUGUAAUAUUGUUUAUAUUUUUUUGGCUGAAAUUGAACCUUUACAAUUUGCAGAAGAAAGUUGGUUAGACGAUUUAAAACAUCAAAAUGGUCAAGAGAUGCGUUUAAUAGGUCUCGAUGAGGAGUAUGGAAUUGUUGAAAUGAAGGAAAUACAAUAA